UGAGCGUGCCGGGCGAGCCCUGAGACUUGCCUUGCAAUGCCAUGUUUGUGUAUGUGCUCUAACUCCCGGAGAGCGAGCAGGGAGACGGCUCCCCGGCCGGACUUGGCUGAUGUUUUCUUGUUUCUGUUUCAGCCUUCAGGAUAAUUCCUUCAGCAGCACCGCUGUAACGGAGUGUGACGAAGACACAGUCUCUCUGCAUGAAGAUCAGACUGACUGCUCCAGUCUCAGAGAUGAAGACAAUAAAGAAAAUUACCCCGACGCCGGGCCUCCGCUAGAGGAGCCCGCGCCGCUGUCCCGCGUGCCGCCGCAGCAUGUAGAGCAGACCGCGCUGCUGGACGGCGUGCUGCGACCCAGCAUGGGCAACUUCAAGUCCCGGAAGCCCAAGUCCACCUUCAAGGCCGAGAAUGGGAGAAGCCACAGAGAAAGCCAGGAGACAGAGCAUGUGGUACCCAGCCAGUCGGAGUGUCAGGGGAGAACAGGAAUGCCAGCUCAGGAGAGUCCACAGGACCAUACCUUUAGGUGCCAAGAAACCGUGCGAGUUCAACCAAGAAUAGACCAGAGGGCUGCCAUUUGGCCAAAGGAUGCUUUUGAAACACGGCAGGACUUCAGUGAGGAAGAAGCUGCUCAGGUGCAGGCAGUCAAGGACCCAGCCCCCACGUUGACCCAGAGUGUGCCCGCCGAGGGGGCCGAUGCUGCAGCCCCCGUGCCAGGCCACAGAGAUGGGCUGGCUGAAGCAGACAGUGCUCCAGAGGACCUCCAGGGUGCCGAGACUAGCAGGCUGCUCUCCCAUAUCACCGAUGGCGACAACCCGCUGCUGUCACCGCGAUGCUCCAUCUUCAGCCAAAGCCAGAGAUUCAACUUAGACCCCGAAUCAGCCCCUUCUCCACCCAGCACUCAGCAGUUUAUGAUGCCCCGGAGCUCUUCACGGGGCAGCUGUGGUGAUGGCAAGGAGCCACAGACCAUUACUCAGCUCACCAAGCACAUCCAGAGCCUCAAGCGGAAAAUUAGGAAAUUUGAAGAAAAAUUUGAACAAGAAAAGAAAUACCGGCCUUCACAUGGUGACAAGACAUCUAAUCCUGAAGUCCUGAAAUGGAUGAAUGAUUUGGCUAAAGGUCGUAAGCAGCUUAAAGAACUAAAGCUGAAGCUGUCAGAAGAACAAGGAAGUGUUCCCAAAGGCCCACCUAGAAACCUGUCCUGUGAGCAAGCCACAGUCCCCAGAGAGAACGGGAAGCCGGAAGCUGCGGGCCCUGAGCCAAGCUCCUCUGGAGAGGAGACUCCAGAUGCUGUGCUGACAUGCCUGAAGGAGAAGAGGGAGCAUCUUCCUUCCCAGGAGGAUUCUAAGGUGACUAAGCAAGACAAGAACCUCAUAAAGCCUCUUUAUGACCGAUACAGAAUUAUCAAGCACAUCCUGUCCACGCCUUCCCUUAUCCCAACAAUUCAGGAGGAAGAAGACUCUGAUGAAGACUGUCCACAGGGAAGCCCACAACCUUCUUUGCCAAAUCCAGCAUCCCACCUCCCUGCUGGCGACCACCUCACCUACCCUAGUGAGACUGAGCCUGUUAGGGUCCUGCUGCCAGAUGAAAAGAAAGAAGUCAAACAGCCAGCCCUCUCCAUGUCCAAUUUACACGAGGCCACCAUGCCUGUACUUCUCGAUCAUCUCCGAGAAACUAGGGCUGACAAGAAGAGACUUCGGAAAGCCUUAAGAGAAUUUGAGGAACAGUUUUUUAAACAAACAGGAAGAAGUCCACAAAAGGAAGAUAAGAUACCCAUGGCAGAUGAGUACUAUGAAUACAAGCACAUCAAAGCCAAACUGAGGCUGUUAGAGGUCCUCAUCAGCAAGCAGGAUGUGGCCAAAACUAUCUGAGGGAGCCAUUACUGAGGCAGUAUGUACCCUGAGCAGGGAGAGCAGCACAGCCAACUUCCUCCCUGGGAACUACAGUCAGCAUUCAGCAUCAAGCCGCCAGAACUCUGAACUGUCUGUGAGCCCCUGUGCUUUAUAUGGAUUUAUUUUGUGCAUCCAUUAGCAAGAUGUGUCCUAAGGUAAUUGCUUCUUCACUUUACAUCACUUUGGCUUAGGAAAGCUUUCAGAGAUACGCUCUUCCUUUGGAUAUGGAGUUGGGGGGAACCUGUAAUGAUAUGGUCUUUGAAAGUUCUGUAAUUUUGAAAAAAGAAGUAUGCCUAAAGUUAUUGUAAAUCUAGCAGUUAAAAUGUGCUCGGAACAAAGUCAUCACCUAUAAACAACAGCAUACACAACUGGAAAAAAAUCUAAGUAAAUCCUGCAUGACAGUGCAACAAAUAUGUUAAAUUGGUAAAUUGUUAUCAAAAAACUGAAAGAAAUAUUGGUACAUGACUAAAAAUGCAGAGAAUACAAAAUUAUUCAUCACCUAUGCUUAAUUCAAAUGUUGAGAUUAUGCAGUAUCUUUCCAAUUUAACUGCAUGAGAAUACGAAUGUGGCACGUCUCUCCAUUUACUUUUGUUAAAACUUCCCAAAUAGGUAAAUUCAAGGAUGCUAAAAACAACACACAAUGGACAAGAAAAUUUUAAUGUCUCCAUUACCAUCAACACACCAUCAACUAAACUGUCAGAAUUAUUGAGAUAACUAUAUUGAGGGAAGUAGAUAAAAAUUUUUUUAAAUCCUGUAAAAGCUAUUGUCAGCUUUCAUUGAGUAGGAAUUGUUCAGUAAUCAGGACUGGGUAUUAAGAUAUUUCAAUAUAGUUUUGCCUAAUUACAUAUAGACAAUCAUUUAAAUUGAUGGAUUUUUCUCCUAUUUUUUUGAGCUAACUGUAAUGGUACAGAUAGAAAAUUUCAAAGUUAAUUUUUUCACACCAAACUUAGGUGGGUAUCCUGAAGCACAGUAUAAAUAUUUCAAAAGAAAUAUGAAACACUUUAUUAAUUAAAAAGUCCUUUGACAAAUAUCUUUCAAACAUAAAUAUUAGGCAAACUUAUUUGAUUAUAUAACUUUGUAACAAGCUGAAAAAACUGGAUUUGACAAUACAGUCAACAAAUUACCAAGCUUAUAAAUGCAGAUAAACUAUCAGUAAUGAAAUUGAUCCUUAGAGUUAAGAUUCAUCAUUCAAAUAAAUCAAAUUAAGCUAUUCUGAAAUUUUAACAGAGAUCAGCACAAAUCUGACUGUUUUAAAAAUGUUAUCAACAAGUAUCACAGAAUAUUACAAGACACAUUAUUUUCUCACUAAACAAUGAAAAAAAUGAACUGAUGUAUGAAUCAGUUUUAUCACUCUCCUCCAAAAGGGCUUACACUGAUUUAACUUUGGGAAAAAAUUCUUACUAUUUCUCAAAAAACUCAAAGAAAGCAUAUGAAAAAAAUGUUGUGCCUUGUCUUUAAUGGCAUAGCAUAUGUCUAGGGAAGUUAUAAGCCUUUCAUACUAUUAUUAGAUAGCAACACUUCCACAGGCUAUAGAGAACAAAAAGAUUUAUCUAUACUGGUUGCCACAACCACUACAACUAACAGUAUAUAUGCAAAAAUCCCACAACCCCUUUAAAACAAACCACAAACUUAGCCCAAAUAAUCAUAAUAUCACAAACAAAACUAACCACAAUUCAGAGUAUGAUGCUUUUUGUUCAGCUUGCAUCUAGUGAGCGAGUUCAAAAUGCAGAGCACUUGUUUACAUUUUUUAAAAACCCGUAUUGUAGAUUUAUUUCAUCUUUGGUGUUUAAAAUUAGCCUCCCCAGCAUGUGAUCAUUCCUCAUGUUCAAAGGGUAAAACACAAAGCUCAUUAGAGGUCACUCCCAAACUGAAGUCAAAUUUUAAUAUUUCCUUUUCACCUAGGUUGUAGUCUCCCUAGUGGAAUAUAUAGUUCUAUGAACAAUUCUCUUCUUCAUUCUGGAACUUUUCCCCCUAGAACACAAGUGGAGUUGCUAAAUGUUCAAGUUUCCAAGGAAGUCUCUUAUGUUAGAUUUCAAAAGUCUUAAUGUUCCAAAUUCUUUUCAUUUUCUACUAAAUGCCUGUGAAAAUUCUCCUAAGACUCUAAAACUACCUUUAUGCAGAUGACUCAAAAAUCUCUGUUUCAUAAUGCUUUAUAAGGUAUCAAGUGGUUUAGUUUUUAUCUAGUAAUGAUUCUGAUAAUAUUAUCAUUGGAUGAUGAAUAGCCCUAAACAGUGGGGAUCAAGAAAAAGGAGAGUCUAAAAAGAAUGUAAAUGUGUUCUCUUGUGGGGAUCCCCACUGAAGCAGUAAGAAGGCAGUAUAUAACACUGUUCUGGGAAUAUGAUUUCUCUGAGAGGGAAGUGCCUCUGGAAAAGGGCUUGGGACUUAUUUAGGCGUCCAAUGAGACCUCAAAUUUGAGAUGUAAAAUACUGUCAUCAUGAUGUCUAAAUACUAUUUCCUUUCUCCUUUUUUUCUUUCUUGUCAAUGAGUCUUCUGAUUUCCCAGACUUUAAAUCCUAAAGUAGUCCUGGUCACUUUCCAUUUUGUUUGAAAAUUCAAUCACAAAUGCUCGGUAAUGAUUUUUUGGGUUUCUUUAGUACCGUUCCUGCUUACUGUCCUCCCAUGUAGAGAACACGCCCGAGGCUGCCUGUUUUUCCUGUUGAGACUCUUCAACUCUUCUAUUGCUGUACAAGUCUUCCCAAAUUCUAAUUUUACUUCUCAAACGUAUUUGUAUAAAAUACAGACAUGUUAAUAAGACAGUUUAACUACUGUCUAGUAAUAAUAAAAUAUUUUAAACAGUUAAAAUGAGGCAAAUGCUUUAGAAUGGUAGACAGACUUUAAAUAAUUCACAAACAAUAAAAAGAUUCUUACAGGGAAAUUGAAAAGAAAAGGAAAACAAACCCAAGAAAGAGGUAAAUGCUAUAAAGAAAACUUAAAUUAUACAUCUACUAAGGGCAGAGAAGGAAAACCAAAAAGUAGAAGAAUUAUGCUUACUGCAGUAACUGAUACAGCUGCCAUUAUUCCUAAAAACCAGGAUGAAAUAUAAAAGUUAUCAUGAAACUACUCACCUAAUUUAAAGGAAAAAUCAAACUCAGACCUAAAGACAAGGAAACAGCAGCAGCGAUGAAAAAAAGUGACUUGGAAGUUGUCUAGAUAGUGUUCUAUGGAGUGAAUUUCUAACUGGCUUACUUACCUAGGCAACAAAGCAAGUUGCCAGUGUUACUACUUAUGACAUAUCAGUCAUUCUACCACUGGAGGGAGUCUGGUCACACAUCCUUUGAUGUGACUUUUAUUCUAAUAACUUCCUGGUCUUCUCUGGAAAUGAAUUAGAAACCCUACCAAGAAUAUAAAUUUGUUUAAUGUAAACUGAUGUUUUUCAAGCUUUUUGUUUGUUUCUUUUAGUUUUUAUUUUGUUUUUGGGUUGUUUCAUACUAAUAAAAAUGGACAGCAUUUCUAUAGUCAUAUCUAAAGAAACGAAUCCAGAGGUCACAUGUGCCAGUACGGAUGUAUAUUUAAAAAAAAAUCCUAAAAAAAAAUUGUUAAAUAAAGAACAGAGAAGGGCUCUGAUGCAGAUACCUACCCAAAGUAGGUAUCAAGGUCAUCAAAGCAACUGCAAACAGCAGAUUUGAAGUAGAAGCUGAAAAUAGCUUUAAGGAUUAAUACUGAGGAUAUUACUGAUGGGAUAGAGAAAUAUCAGCAAAGGAUAAAGUACUGUAACUGUGAUUUUACUAUUCUUUUAAAAUUCAGAAUUUAUAGUUUCCACUGACUACUCAUGAAGUGACAUAAGAAGGAUUUGCUACGUAAACCAAAUAUAACUGACAC